UCUGAAACGCGAACAGACAUCUCCCCUCUCCCUCUACAUCUAUCUCCGCGUAUAUCCGCCGAAAACUGGAGUAAAUUUGCGUCUUAAAUACUGCACUGCAAUCGCUCUAUAAGCAUGUACAGUAAAAAUGCUUUCUGAAAUCUCCGUGUUUCUUUCCAAAAUAUUGACCAUAUCCUCUAGAACUAGAACCCCAUCCAUGCAUCAAAUGCUCCGGGGAGAAAAUUAGGGUUUUCUCUGUGUUUUUUUCGGUGGAUGCGAUGACGAGGAGUAGCGGGUCAGGGGCUUGCCUCAGGAUCUGCUUGCUUCUGUUUGCUGCGUCAUCUGCUAUCUAUUUUUGUGCCCCUCCUCUCAUCUCUUUGAUUCAAAACUCCCUCAAUAUUUCAUCUAAUUCUCGCUCUUGCGACUCCUGUAAUUGUGAUUGCCCAGCCCCUCAAUCUCUACUCAAGAUUGCACCUGGGCUGAUCAACCUUUCAUUCACAGAUUGUGGGAAACAUGAUCCGGACCUCAACAGCGAAAUGGGGAAGCAAUUUGUUGAUCUAUUGACAGAGGAAUUGAAGCUUCAAGAGACCGUGGCCGAAGAGAAUAGUCAUCAUAUGAACUCCACAUUGUUAGAAGCCAAAAGAAUAGCAUCUCAGUAUCAGAAAGAAGCUCAAAAGUGCAUUUCUGCAACUGAAACGUGCGAAGAAGCAAGAGAAAGAUCAGAGGCAGCCUUGAUAAAGGAGAGGAAGCUCACCUCUCUAUGGGAGAAAAGAGCUCGCCAGAUGGGUUACCAUGCCUUAUCAUGGAUGGGGCUGGGGGAGGGGCGAAUGCAAAGCAAACUAAGCCUAUACGGCGACUUAUCAUACGAAAUGCACGUCCGGCUUUAUCUAAGAAGGGCAGUCCUCUUUUUACAGUGGAGGGCAUUCAUCGGAUCUGCGUCAUCACCCUUGCGCUAUCAUUUGGGAGUGAUAAUAAUUACCAAAACCGUUGUGCUAAUUAUGCGGUAAUUAAGAAAUAAAUCGGCUUCCCAAGGCUGUGUCAAACUCAUGCACAUUUGGUUCUAUUUGAUUUUCCUUUCCCUUUUGUUCUUCUCAAUAUAUUGUGAACUGGAAGUGUUAUAAUAGAGCAAAGCUCUUCAUUGUAAAGUUAUUAUUGGAAGUUGUUUAUUGGAAGAUAAGUGUACUUUGUAAUCU